UGAUUGGUUCAUACACCUUAGCCUUGCGUGAUGUGGUCAAAGGUAAACAGAGGUCCAAACGUAUGGAAUGCAAGCUCAAGGACCACAAGGGCAGACAGUGUGAGGGGAUCGUUGUUUGCAAUGUCACCUACAAUGCUCCUCCAGGAUCUGAACCACCUCCAUCAGGUGGAGCCAAGGGAGGAGGUGGAGGAGAAGCCUCUGCAGGAGCUGUGCAGGAGGAAGGAGAAGAAGGAGAUGAAGAUGGCGGUGGCGGUAUGGAUGCCGGUGGUGAUGAUGGAGGCGAUGACGAUGGCGGUGAUGACGAUGCACCAGGAGGCGGAGGAGGAGGAGGAGGUGGAGGCAUUGGAGGCCUCAAGCGCAAGAAGAAGAGCCGCUCCAAACUCUCCAAGAAACCCCAAGACUUCCAGGUGAGGAUCAAGGUCUGGGAAGCACGUCAGCUGGCCGGCGGUAACAUCCACCCAGUCUGUAAAGUGACUGUCUCUAAUCAGACCAAGAUGACCAGGGUCAAGAAGUCAACUAACAGACCUUACUAUGAUGAGGUAUUUUUCUACAAUUUCCACAUGAGCCCUGCCGAGCUUUUUGAUGAAGUAGUCAACUUCCAAGUAUUCAACUCCCGUCAGCUGCGUAGUGAUGCCCUGAUCGGCGACUUUAAGCUCGAUGUCGGCUCCAUCUAUGAGGAGGAAGAUCACAACAUCGCCAACAAAUGGCUGCUGCUGUCCAAUGCUGAUGAUGCCAAUGCUGGAGCUAAGGGAUACCUCCUCGUUAGCAUGGGUGUGCUAGGAUCAGGAGAUGAAGCUCCUGUGUUCAAGAAAGCAGAUGAAGCAAAUGACAUUGAAACAAAUUUGUUGAGACCUGCUGGUAUGUCUCUCCGUAAAGGAAUGUUCAUAGUGAAAGCUUACCAUGCUGAAGAUGUUCCACAGAUGGACCCUGGAUUCUUUGAAGGUGUGAAGAAGUUCUUUGGUGGUGGUGAUGGUGAACAGAAGGAACUUGUAGAUCCGUACCUCAUCGUUGGAUUUGCUGGAAAGAAGAUCCAAUCAUCUGUAAAGCAAUGUGAUCAGAACCCACAAUGGAAUGAAGAAAUCCGUCUUCCAAUUCGGUUCCCGUCCAUGUGUGAACGUCUCAAACUCCAGCUGAGGGACUGGGAUCGUCUAUCAAGUGAUGACUACAUUGGAACUGCCUUCCUGGAUCUAUCUUCCAUGUCAAGCCCAGGAGAAGAAGGUUUCCUACCAACAUUUGGGCCAACAUUUGUGAACUUCUAUGGUUCAACCAGAGAGUUUUCAGACCUGCCAGAUCAGUUUGAAGAUCUCAACAUGGGCAAGGGUGAGGGUGUGGCUUACAGAGGGCGUGUCCUUGUCAAGAUCGAGACCAAGCUCGGAGACCACCCAGAGAAGAACCUUGUGGAGAUCGAGAACGCCGAGGUACAACGAGUCGGGAAGUUCCUCAGCAGACGCAAGUACCGUCUCUACUGCGCCGUCCUGGACGCUACCAUGGUCAGCGAGUCUGACGAUCCCGUUGAGUUCGAGGUUAGCAUCGGCAACUACGGUAACAAGCUGGAUGACACCGUGGCUCCUCAACCGUCCACCACCCAGCCGACCAACGCGGUGUACGAUGGAUGCAGGUAUUACUUCUUGCCGUGGAGUGAGAACAAGCCACUGCUGAUUGUCAACUCUGACUGGGAGGAUAUCUCCUUCAGAUUGGAUACUCUUAACAUGAUCCUACGCAAAACUGAACGAUUGGAAGCCAAUAUGGAGGAAGUCCGCCUGUCUAUCAAGUCUGGAGCCCCACAAGCAGAGAUCGCUGCUCAGCUCAUCGGCAUGAUUGAUACUCUCAUUGCUGACUGCAGGAUGCCCCUUCCUAAUAUUGAUGAGUUAAAAGACAAGGUCAAUGAACUUGACCGCCGCAAGUACGAUCGCCGUGUCUACGCCUUGCAAACCAUCGCCAAUGAUGCCCUGAAGUUGCGAGAAAAUGCGACUGAUGUGAACGAGGCCAUGGAUGAUGUAGAAGGAUACCUACAUCUACUGCAAGAUCUUGCUGUAGAGCCCCAGAACUGCAUGCCCGAUGUGAUCAUCUGGAUGUUGAGUGGAAGCAAGCGUAUCGCCUACACACGCUUCCCGGCCUACCAUCUUCUCUAUUCCUCCCGCUGCGAGGAUGCUUGUGGCAAGUUCUGCGGAAAGAUCUCAAGCUUCUUCCUCAAGGAACCAACGACCGAGCCCGACAAGAGAGCACCGGAUAGAGUUCCAUCCAUGAGUGGAAUGCCAAUGUUCCCAGGGAAGAAGACCAGCAACAUCGGGGUCAAGGAGGUACCGGGAAUGAUCAGGGCCAAGAUGUGGCUCGGCCUUGAGAAGGACAGUCCUCAGUUCCAGGGUGGACUCACAGACUCCAGCAUUGUGGUCUUUGCAGAGACGUAUGAGAAUCAGAUGAGUGUUAUAGGUAACUGGACCAGCAAGGCACUGCCAAGACCAAAAUGGUCUGAUGCAUCAGGAAAGAUCAAACUACCGAAGGAGAAAUUCCAGCUGCCUCCUGGAUGGCGAUGGGACGGUGAUUGGUUCAAGAGCCCCGAACUCAGCUUGAUGUUCGAUGCAGAUGCAGGACAGACCAAGUUCCUGGAAGACAUCUAUGAGCACGAGCAAAGGAACAUCCCUGGAGGGGCGUGGCAGGUCGCUACUGUACCUUACGCCAAUGUGAAAGGAGAUCCCACUGCUAAGAAGGAUGAGUUCGAAUGCCCUGAAGGAUGGGGUUGGGAUGAUGCGUGGGCUCUAGAUAACAACAGAGCUUGUGAUGAAGAUGGUUUUGAGUAUUGUGUGGAAUCAUCUGUUGCUAGCUGGGGACCUGUUGAGAGGACGUACCAUCUGUGCAGACGUCGACGAUGGGUUCGACCUCGAUCUCUUGUUGCUGACCCCAAGGCUUUGGCUAAGAAAAAGAAGAAGGAGAUGGACCAGCAGGAGGGGUGGGAGUACGCCCCUCUCUUCAAUAUGAAAUUCCAUGCUUCCGAGAGAAAGAUGGACAUGGUCCGUCGACGACGAUGGCAUCGCAAGAUGUUGGCCGAGUCUCCAAAUGCUGCAGCGGUCUUCUCCGUGACAGGACCUGAUGAUGAAGAGGAUAAGAAGGACAAGGACAAAGAUGAUAAGGCCUCCAGGAAGUCAGCACCAAGGAUAUUCGUCAACUACUCAGUAUCUCACAAGUACCAAUUGAGAGCAUACAUCUACCAGGCCAGGGAUCUCAUUGCUUCUGAUUCAGAUAGCUUCUCAGAUCCAUUUGCAUACGUGAGCUUCCUGAACCGCAGUCAACAGUCUGAGACCAUCAAGACUACCCUUAGUCCAACCUGGGACCAGACCUUGAUCUUUGAUGAGAUUGAGAUCCACGGAGAUCCAAAGAUCAUUGCUGCCAACCCGCCGGACAUCUGCAUUGAGGUCUUCGACUUUGACAGUUUCGGAAGCAAUGAAUUCAUGGGCCGUACAGUAGUGCGCCCUCUUGUGAAGCUAGAUGCUGCUGAUCAGCGUGUUGCUCGUCUGGCCUGGCAUCAGUUCUAUAAGGGGUCUGGAACGGCCGGAGAACUCCUCGCCUCCUUUGAACUCUUCUUGAUGUCUGAAGGCACGGAUCUUCCUUUCAUGCCACCAAAGAAGGGAGAAUUAUUCAUUGUUCCCAACGGUAUCAGGCCGGUUCUACAACGUACAGGAGUUGAGAUCCUCUGCUGGGGAGUUCGUAACAUGAAGAGGUACCAGCUAGCCUCUGUCACCUCACCCAGUCUUGAGUUUGAGGUCGGGGGUAAGAUCAUCAAGUCAAAGGUCAUCAAGAACACCAAGAAGAAUCCCAACUUUGAUCAGCCUCUCCUCUUCCUGGAAGUGCAUCUACCCAAGGAGGAGCUCUAUACCCCUCCAAUCAACAUCAAGGUCCGCGACCACCGGGCCUUCGGUCGCAAGCCUAUUGUCGGUGUGUGCUCCAUCAAGAAGCUUGAACCCUAUCGCUGCAUACCUGCCAUUGAGGGCGAAACCACAGAACCAGGGGAUGCACCAGCAACCAAUGGUAACGGUAAUGGUGCAAGAACCCCUGCACCUCCUCAACAGCAACAACAGCCCCAACAACAAGCACAACAACCACCACCACAACAACAACCCUCUGCUGAGGGGACAUCACCGGCUGAGAAAGGGAAAGAUGAAGAUGGUCUUGGUAUAACAGGAGACGAAGUGGCCCUUAUAACUAGCGAUUUAUUGGAAACAAGCAUACGGAAGUUAACCAAACCGAAGCCAGAGAUGCCUACACUGGCUGAAGAUGGCAAGACACCACUGCCCCCAGCUGCACAGACUGCUCCAGGUCAGCCAAGAGAGGGCAGCACACACAGUCAUGAGAAUGCUGGAGAGGGUGACCAUGUGAUCAUGAUGCCGGAAGAAGAACCUCCAAAGAAGGGAGACAAGAAGGGGAAGGGUGGAGAAGAAGAAAAAGUCAAGAAGAAGAAGAAAAAGAAAGGCAUCAGGAAGCUUGUUUCCUUUGGCAAGAGGAAACUGGGGAAGAGUUAUCGGGUUUGUAGCGAUAAAUUGACCCGCAAAACCCACCUUAUCACUCUCAGGGACCCAUUCCUAUGUACCACUCUCAAUCCUAAGGGAAGAAUGUGGAUCCCUUGAUGGAGAAUCUUAGUU